CAGCCCGUUGUGAAAUAGAGAGAGAGAGAGACCAUAGAGAUGUUGUGAGCCAGAGAGCACGAGGUCAGUUAAUUGAAACCGACACAGUUUUGUUGAUUUGACUGAAGACUGACAGAUUUAACGGACAUAUUUAACGUUUAUUAUAUUCUAUCCUUACUGGACUAUUUUAUUGGAAUAAUAAUAAUACUAAAAUACUCCACCACAACUCGGUAUCAUCCCAGCGACAAGGUCGCUGAGAGGAGAGAACACGGUGAUCCAGGACCUGAGAGUCUGUCUGUCUGUCUGUCUGUCUGUCUGUCUGUCUGUCUGUCUGUCUGUCUGUCUGUCUGUCUGUCUGUCUGUCUGUCUGUCUGUCUGUCUGUCUGUCUGAGAGAGUGUCUGUCUGUCUGUCUGAGUCUCUGAGAGAGUGUCUGUCUGUCUGUGUGUCUGAGUCUGAGAGUGUCUGUCUGUCUGUGUGUGUGUGUGUCGUUGUCGCUGCGUCUGUGCGUGAGGAUGAGGUCAUCGGGACUACUACUGUGUGUACUGGCUGUAGCGAUGGCGUCCUCCGCCCGGUUCCCCCACGACACGUCAUCUCAGAGCCCCGGGGUCGUUACGGAGGAGACCAACCCCCCCAACCUUCUCCCGGCCACCCUGAACCCCAACAGCUCCCUCCCUGUCCUCCCUCUCCCUCCAGCCUUCCGGCCACGCCCGCCGGGCCCCUUCCCCCCUAUGUGUGUCAAGCCCACAGAGAUUAAACAAGCCUUUAAGUAUGUGAACACGGUGGUGAGCUGUGUGAUCUUGGUUGUGGGGAUGAUCGGUAAUUCCACUUUAUUAAGGAUCAUCUAUAAGAACAAGUGUAUGAGAAACGGACCCAACGUUCUGAUUGGCUCUCUUGCCUUGGGGGAUCUUCUCUACAUCAUCAUCGCCAUCCCCAUCAACGUCUUCAAGCUGAUAGCAGAAGACUGGCCGUUUGGGGUUCAUGUAUGCAAGUUGAUGCCAUUUAUCCAGAAGGCUUCAGUAGGAAUCACUGUCCUCAGCCUGUGUGCCCUGAGCAUCGACAGGUACCAUGCGGUAACGUCGUGGAGUAGGGUGAAGAGGAUAGGAAUCCCUCUGUGGAAGGCUAUGCAGGUCACAUUCAUAUGGCUGGUAGCUGUCCUGCUGGCUGUUCCUGAGGCGGUGGCCUUUGGCAUGAUGGAGAUGCCUUACAGAGGCAGCAAGCUACGAGUCUGUCUCUUACACCCGCAGCAGGACACUGCUUUUAUGAAGUUCUACCAGGAAGUGAAGGACUGGUGGUUGCUGGGGUUUUAUUUCUGUCUUCCUCUGGCCUGCACCGGCGUCUUCUACACCCUGAUGUCCUGGGAGAUGUUGAGCAGGAAGAAAGGCAUGAGGAUCGCUCUCAACGACCACAUGAAACAGCGUCGCGAGGUGGCUAAAACAGUCUUCUGCUUGGUGGUGAUCUUUGCUCUGUGCUGGCUACCGAUCCAUCUCAGCCGCAUCCUGAAGAAAACGGUCUAUGAUCAGAACGACCCCAACCGCUGUGAACUCCUCAGUUUCCUGCUAGUGAUGGAUUAUAUCGGUAUCAACAUGGCGUCGCUCAACUCCUGUAUCAACCCCGUCGCUCUCUACUUCGUCAGCCAGAAGUUCAAAAACUGUUUCAAGUCAUGUCUGUGCUGCUGGUGUACGAGGAGCAGGAAUGUGAUUCCAGAGAGAGACGGUGUCCGCUGGAAGGGAAGCUGUCAUGGCAACGAACUCGACAGAACAAGCUCUCGUUCCAGUCAGAAAUACACCUCCACCUAAACAAACACUCACGCACACACAGGUACAUUCAUGCAUGCACAAACACUAGCCCUUCCCUCCUGUCCAGUCCAGCUAAACCCAACCCAGCCCCAGUCCCACCCCCUCUCCUCCUAAACCCAACCCCAGCCCCAUCCCCUCUCCUCCUAAACCCAACCCCAGCCCCAUCCCCUCUCCUCCUAAACCCAACCCAACCCCAUCC